GACCAUGGGUUCUUCUUCUAGAAAUCUUUAUGCAGGAAUUGGAGAAGGUCAAUCAACAUCUAGGCCACCGCUUUUUGACGGCACCAACUACACAUAUUGGAAAGAGCGGAUGAGAAUUUAUAUCCGCUCAACCAACUUCCAGUUGUAGUUGGUCAUCAAAAACGGCGAAGAAACGCCAAUGAAGAAGGUUGAUGAAAAACUCGUCCCAAAGACCGAAGACGAAUUUGAUGCCGAAGACAUCAAGAAGGUGGAGAACUACGCCAAGACAAUCAACAUGCUGUACUGUGCGGUCAAUCCUGAUGAUUAUCGCAAGAUCUCUUGCUGCACCACUACAAAAGAAAUGUGGGACAAGCUGGAAGUCACAUAUGAAGGUACGGACCAAGUUCGGGAAGCCAAAAUUGACUUCCUAACGCAGGAGUACGAGAUGUUCAGGAUGAAGGAAGGCGAAAAGAUCGAUGACAUGUUCGAUCGGUUCUCAAAGAUCAUCAACGACCUUCAUGCUCUCAAGAAGACGUACGCCAACAAGGACCUUGUGAGGAAAAUCCUGCGUAGUCUCACACCCGAAUGGAGAUCAAAGGCUGACGCAAUCUACGAAUCCAUCGGAGUCUCCAAUAUCACCAUCGACGGGCUAAGAGGUAACCUCAAAACUUAUGAAUCUACUAUUCUAACUCCGUCUUUGGAUGAACAAAAGAAGAAGGGAAUAGCACUGAAAGCAACCAAGGAGACCGUGGAAGAAGACUCAAGCGAUGACGACAACGAGUUCAGACUCGUCAUCAAGAAAUUCCACAAAUUUAUGAAGAAGGAAUUUGAGCGCAAAGGAAGAAAGGACGACGGUCCCCUGAAGUGCUAUGGCUGUGGUGAGAUAGGCCACAUCAAGCCGAGGUGUCCAAAAGGCAAAAGCGGCAAGGACAAACCUGGCUUCAAAAAGCAACGCGCCUACAUCUCAUGGGGUGGCGACUCCGGGGAUGAGUCAACGGAUCAAGAAGAGGAAGAAGCCGCCAACCUCUGUCUCAUGGCACACGAAGACCACGUCAACGGAGUACAAGAGAACCUCCCUACCCAUCGAUGGGAACUUUCUCCCAUCGGAAAGAGGACAAAGGUUUCCAAGAAGAAGGGCAACGCCGAAGCUACGAACUCAGUGCCCCCGCCGUUCCCCUACCUGGACAGCUUGUUUCUUGAGUUCGGGUCGGAGGAGGAACUCAACCGGUUCCUCACGCACUUUGCCAAGCGUCCCAUUUCUCCACCUAGGGUCCUGCCCGAGUUGUACCCUCAACAAAAGGGGUACCACGACCUCGACAAUCAGCUUCAAGCGUCGGGUCUGUGGUCGUUCGUCUCCACGAGCCGCUCGAGCUUCAAUCCCGCUUUCGUCCGGGCCUUCUACUCCAAUCUCCGCCAUGACGGGGACACCAUUCGCAGCAGCAUCAAUCUCUACGACAUAGAGAUUGAUUUACCUACCUUUGCUCGGGUCGCAGGGCUGCCCAUCCGCGGUGACGACAUCGCGACUUAUGGUGGCGACGAUUGGAUCCUCAACAACAAGGCAGUCGUCAUUCGUGAGCUUGGGAUCACCAACUUGAUCCGCCACAGCGGCGCGCCGACGAUCCACUCGGCCCCACCGGACAAGCGCCUCCUCCUCUACAUCAUCAUCCGGAUUCUCCGCCCCCGGGACAGCAGCCAUACCUCGCUCUUCAACGAGGACUUGAAGGCGAUUCACGCCAUCAUCCACGGCGCCUUCAUCAAUUGGGCAAAAUUCGUGAUGAUCCACAUGGCGGAUUACGCCUCCAUCACCACGGAGCGGAGCUUGCCAUACGCCUUCCUCGUCAUGGACCUCAUCAUCUCCGCCGACAUCUCCAUCGCCGGCCCGGAUACGAAGAUGACAAAGAUUUGGAUCAUUCAAGACAGCACCUUCCGGAAGAAGUCCGGAGAAAGGGACGGCGAAGGGCCAAGUCAUGCACCAGCCCCCGCUCCCGCCAAGGCCUCUUUGCAAUCUAUAGCAGAUACUCUGAAUCGGCUAACCCUCACAGUGGAUGGCAUGGGGCAGUCAAUUGAGCGGAUGGACUGGACGUUGCAACGCCAACACCACGACAUGACGGCGUUCUUCCGCGGCAUCAACUACGUCCCGCCGCCCUUUUAUAGCACCUUCCUCGGCCAAAACUAUGAAGGCGAGGACGAAGAGGAUAACUCCUAUGCUCCGUAUUCCUCCCCCGACGAAGCCGACUUUGAGGACGCGGUCGACGGGGAUCCCAUGGACGUCGAGGACGACGAGGAUGCCGACGAUGACGAGGACGCCGAUGCCUAGACUCUUCUUUUCUCUUCUCUCCUUACUAUGAUUGUAUUUUUUAUUUCCAUUCCAUUGUAUUCCACAUUUUCCUUUUUAAAUGAAUAAAAGUUUACUUUUAAACUCUAAAGUUCACUUUUAAUUCUUUUUGUUAAUGUCAAAAGGGGGAAGAUAUUAAGGUUAUGCAUAAAUUGAGGGGGAAUUU